AUCAGGAAACCUAUACCUCAGGGAAUACAGUGAUGGUUGCAAAGGCAUCUGGUAUUGUCCUUCUGCCACUGUCUUAAAAGGGAUUCUAAAGGGAUUUUCUUUCCCUUGUUCCUCCAGCACUACACUUGCAUUACUGGCCUAAGUGGAUACUCACCAGCUGGCCGUGUCCAUCACUACAGCCAAGACUGAGAAUUCCUGAUUAUACUUAGAGCCUGUGGAGCUGCUGACACAAACAGUCAUUAGCAGACGACCCUUUUGUAACAAACUGCGCUUUAAAAUGUAAACCGUUGGGGGCAUUUUCCUUGCGUUGUCCAGAAGGAACUUUCUCCUGCCUGCGCCUGGAUUAAUCAUGAGAGAGCUCGUCAACAUUCCACUGGUACAUAUUCUUACUUUGGUUGCCUUCAGCGGGACUGAGAAACUUCCAAAAGCUCCUGUCAUCACUACUCCGCUGGAAACAGUGGAUGCCUUAGUUGAAGAAGUGGCUACAUUUAUGUGUGCAGUGGAAUCCUAUCCCCAGCCUGAAAUUUCCUGGACCAGAAAUAAAAUUCUCAUUAAGCUCUUUGACACCCGGUACAGCAUUCGCGAGAACGGGCAGCUCCUCACCAUCCUGAGCGUGGAAGACAGCGACGAUGGCGUCUACUGCUGCACGGCCAACAACGGCGUGGGGGGUGCUGCGGAGAGCUGCGGGGCUCUGCAAGUGAAGAUGAAACCGAAAAUAACUCGUCCUCCCAUAAAUGUAAAAAUCAUAGAAGGACUAAAAGCAGUUCUACCAUGUACUACAAUGGGCAAUCCCAAACCAUCAGUGUCAUGGAUUAAGGGGGACAGUGCUCUCAGGGAGAAUUCCCGCAUUGCAGUUCUUGAAUCUGGGAGUUUAAGGAUUCAUAAUGUGCAAAAGGAAGAUGCAGGACAUUAUCGGUGUGUGGCAAAAAACAGCCUCGGGACGGCAUAUUCCAAAUUGGUGAAGCUGGAAGUUGAGGUUUUUGCCAGAAUCCUGCGGGCUCCUGAAUCCCACAAUGUCACAUUUGGCUCCUUUGUGACCCUGCGCUGCACAGCAACAGGCAUCCCUGUCCCCACCAUCACCUGGAUUGAAAAUGGAAAUGCUGUUUCCUCUGGGUCCAUUCAGGAAAGUGUGAAAGACCGAGUGAUUGACUCAAGACUGCAGCUGCUUAUCACUAAGCCAGGACUCUUCACAUGCAUAGCUACUAACAAGCACGGAGAGAAAUUUAGCACUGCAAAGGCUGCGGCCACCAUUAGCAUAGCAGAAUGGAGUAAAUUACAGAAAGAUAACAAAGGCUACUGCGCCCAGUACAGAGGGGAGGUAUGUAAUGCUGUCCUGGCCAGAGACGCUCUUGUUUUCUUCAACAACUCCUAUGCACACCCUGAGGAGGCCCAAGAAUUACUGGUUCACACGGCCUGGAAUGAACUGAAAGCAGUGAGCCCAUUUUGCCGGCCAGCUGCUGAGGCUUUGCUGUGUAACCACAUCUUCCAAGAAUGCAACCCUGGAGCAGUACCUACUCCUACACCCAUUUGCAGAGAAUACUGCCUGGCAGUAAAGGAGCUCUUCUGUGCAAAAGAGUGGCUGGCAAUGGAAGAGAAGACUCACAGAGGACUCUACAGAUCUGGGAUGCACCUGCUCCCCGUGCCAGAAUGCACCAAACUCCCCAGCAUGCACUGGGACCCCACGGCCUGCACCAGACUGCCAUAUUUAGAUUAUAAAAAAGAAAACUUAACAACAUUCCCACCAAUGACGUCCUCAAAGCCAAGUGUGGACAUUCCAAAUCUGCCUUCCUCUUCUUCUUCCUCCUUGUCCGUCUCACCUGCAUACUCCAUGACUGUAAUAAUCUCCAUCAUGUCCAGCUUUGCAAUAUUUGUGCUUCUUACUGUAACUACUCUUUAUUGCUGCCGGAGACGAAAACAAUGGAAAAAUAAGAAAAGAGAGUCAGCGGCGGUAACCCUCACUACUCUUCCCUCUGAGCUCUUACUAGACAGACUUCAUCCCAACCCCAUGUACCAGAGGAUGCCACUCCUGCUGAAUCCCAAACUGCUGAGCCUGGAGUACCCAAGGAAUAACAUUGAAUAUGUGAGAGAUAUUGGCGAAGGAGCAUUUGGAAGGGUCUUUCAAGCAAGGGCUCCGGGCUUACUUCCCUAUGAACCUUUCACAAUGGUGGCAGUGAAGAUGCUCAAAGAAGAAGCCUCAGCAGACAUGCAAGCUGACUUUCAGAGGGAGGCAGCCCUCAUGGCAGAAUUUGAUAAUCCUAACAUUGUGAAACUCUUAGGUGUGUGCGCCGUCGGGAAGCCCAUGUGCCUGCUCUUUGAAUACAUGGCCUACGGCGACCUCAACGAGUUCCUCCGCAGCAUGUCCCCGCACCCCGUGUGCAGCCUCAGUCACAGCGACCUGUCCGGGAGGGCCCAGGCCGCCAGCCCGGCCCCGCCACCGCUCUCCUGCGCGGAGCAGCUGUGCAUCGCCAGGCAGGUGGCCGCCGGCAUGGCUUACCUCUCAGAGCGCAAGUUCGUGCACCGGGACCUGGCCACCAGGAACUGCCUGGUGGGCGAGAACAUGGUGGUGAAAAUCGCCGACUUCGGCCUCUCCAGGAACAUCUACUCGGCGGACUACUACAAAGCUAACGAGAACGACGCCAUCCCCAUCCGCUGGAUGCCCCCCGAGUCCAUCUUCUACAACCGCUACACCACCGAGUCGGACGUGUGGGCCUACGGCGUGGUCCUGUGGGAGAUCUUCUCCUACGGCCUGCAGCCCUACUACGGCAUGGCCCACGAGGAGGUCAUCUACUACGUGCGCGACGGCCACAUCCUGUCCCGGCCGGAGGACUGCCCCCUGGAGCUGUACAACCUGAUGCGCCUGUGCUGGAGCAAGCUGCCCGCCGACAGACCCAGCUUCCCCAGCAUUCACCGAAUUCUGCAGCGGAUGUGCGAGAGAGCGGAGGGGAUGGUGGGCGUCUGA